AUGGCCGACUCUGAUUUCCCUUUACCACCUGAGGCCUACUGUCCGCUGUGUCAGGACGAGAUGAGAGACCCGGUCACCAUCCCCUGUGGUGAUACCUAUUGCCUGGAGUGCAUCAAAAUCUACUGGGACCAGUUCGACCACAUGGGUGUGUACAGCUGCCCGCAGUGCCGCGCUACCUUCACGCCGCGGCCUGUGCUGAGACGUAACCUCCCCGAUGUAAGUCACGAGCCCCGGCGCCAGCUCCCGGAGCUCACGCCGUUCCCCUACAUGAAGCGUGAAUCUUUUUGCGAUUUCUGCGUGGGCCGCCGCAGCAAGGCCGUGAAGUCAUGCCUCAUGUGCCUGGCUUACUACUGCGAAACGCACGUCAAGCCUCAUUAUGAGUCGUCCACGUUCAAGAGACACAAGCUGGUGGACGAGACGGGCCACCUGGACAGGAAGAUCUGCCCCCAGCACGAGAAGGGCCUGGAGCUGUUCUGUCGCUCUGACCAGAUGUGUGUCUGCGUGCUGUGUACCGUCAGAGAGCACCGAGGCCACAACAUCACCUCAGCAGAGGAAGAGCGCAUCGAGAAACAAAAAGUCCUGGUGGUCACUCAGUCUGAAGUCCAGUACAUAAUUCAGGAGAGGAUGAAGGAGCUGCAGGAGCUCAAGCAUAAUGUGGAUGUUCUCAAAAGUUGUGCCCAGCGAGCACAGGCAGAAAGCGACAAGACCUUUCACGAAAUGCUCCAGGCGGUGGAGCGCUGGAAGGCUGAAAUCCACCAGAUGAUAACGGCCAACAUGCAGUCAGCCAUGUCGCAGGCUGAGGGCUACUUGGAUCGUCUGGAGCAGGAGAUACUGGAGCUGCAGCGCAGAGAGGCAGAGUUGCGGCAGAUCCUCGAGACAGAGGACAACAUUCACUUUCUGCAGAAUUUCCCAACCCUCUGUGUUCCCCCUGAGGCCAUGGUGCCCAAAGUGCUCAUCAAUCCUCAGUUCUCCUUUGGGGAGAUGAGCAAGACAGCCACAGAGAUGAAGGAACAUCUGGAUGACAUCUGCAAGAAGGAACUGAGCAAAAUAUCCAAGACAGUUAGUGAGACUCCUGUGUACAUACUUUUACCAAGAAAUGGAGAAAAACGACUGAAAGUUCCUGGAAGAGUAGAUUUUCAGGAGCCAAAAGCAAGAUCGGACUUCUUGAGAUAUUCCUGUAAGAUGUCCUUCGAUCCAAACACGGUCUAUAAAGAGCUGGUUUUGUCCGACGGGAAUCAGAGGGUCAUGCGGAAGAAAACAGUUCAGUUCCACCCGGAUCAUCCGGAGCGCUUUGACGGCUUCUCCCAGGUGAUGUGCAAGGAGCCUCUGACAGGUUUCAGAUUUUACUGGGAGGCGGAGUGGGGCGGAGAGUUUUCCAUCGGGGUGGCCUACAAGAGCAUCAGUCGCAAAGGGAAGAAUUCGCACAGCCUGCUAGGCUACAACGACAAGUCCUGGAGUCUCCUGUGCUCGGACUCGGGCUACUCCGCCUGGCACAACAAAGCAGACCAAGACCUUCCUGAAGCUCCCCGGGCUUCGAGGAUCGGUGUCUACCUGGACCACGCAGGCAACACUCUGGCCUUUUACUCAGUGUCAGAGACCAUGAAGCUCAUCCACCGUUUCAAAGCUCAGUUCAGUGAACCUCUGUAUGCUGGCUUUGGGGUGGGCUCCUCAGUGACUCUCUGCCAACUCAGGCAGAAGCCCACAUCUUACUAA